UCGCCUUCACCCCGACGCGCCAGAGCAAUGGAAAAGCGGUUCCUUAGUGAUACAGAACGCCAAGCGGUUCGCGAAGCCAUCAUGGGGUUGAUGGAAACGAUGGUGCCCGUGCCAGAGGACAUGACACUGCCACUUGACACGGCAGAGGUCGCGGGCCUGUAUCACCCCACCUUGGCUCUCCUCCUUCUCAGUUCGAGCGUCAGUAAAGCCAAUAUUUUUCCUCAUCGUGUCAGCCAUGAUGCGCAGAAGGACGACCUCCACCCCAGCAGCGCGCGCCCUCCCUCGCUCGCCGCCCACCCCGUCAUGGGCGCCAACCUCCCCUUCAGAAAGCAGAAGACGCCGCCCGCGCCCACCUCCACGCCCACCGCGCCCAUGGCCGCCCAAGCUGUAGAUCGCAUCCAAGA